CCAUAUCGUGUCAUCAAAAAACAACAGUGACAUCUGAGUGACAUGUACACAGUUGUUGAUAGUAAAUAACAUUACUUUAAUUAUUUAACUUUGAAUCAAACACGAAUUUUGUUGCGUUUUACGUUAAUUUUAAUUAAGUUGUUGAGUUUAAUGUGUUACAUCACUUGACGAGCAUGACUGUGAUGUGUAACAUGUUUUCAUAACAGUGUUUAGAGAUGGACAUAUUUCUAUGUUUAAAAUGCUUCUUAUCAAAUCAGCAAUUGCUUUUUUCUUGCUGGUUUUAAUUCAAGCUCAAGGGGAGUAUGAGCAGCUUCCAAACUGUCUCGAUAGUUUUGUGCCAGGCUUAGUUUUGGUAAGUACCAUUGACGGAAAAUUUUCGGCCCUAUCUUCAGAAGGGAGUUUAAAAUGGCAAGUUGAUACUGAUCCCGGACCUUUACUGGUGUCAAACAUUCAUAACCUUGAGCUAACAAAUAGUGGAAAGUGGAUUAGGAUAAUUCCCUCUUUAACUGGCUCAUUAUACAGGUUUGAUGGUGCCAGUAUUGAUCCAAUUUCAAUAUCGGCUGAGUCUUUAUUACGAUCCUCAUUCAAAUAUUCCGAUGAUUUGGUUAUAGCUGGCGGGCUUGAAGUUAGAACAUACGGUAUAGGAUUCAGAACUGGCAAAGUAUUUUACACUUGUUCCACUUUACACUGUAUAAAUACCACAAACAGUGGGCCCGAAGUUGAGGAUAUUUUACUUUUGGAGAGAAGUACGCAGAUUGUUAGGGCAGUAGAGUCACAGUCAGGACACGAAAAAUGGAACUUCAGUGUGGGCCAACACAACAUCAAGUCAACACAUAUCAGUUGUGCUGACGCAAACCAGAACCUUUUCAACUGGAACAUAACCGCCAUCAUACCUGAAGGUCUAUUAUUUGCCUCAAAUUUUCAAAAUGACGUUAAAACGACUUGGGAGUACCGGUUCCCAUCACCUAUAGUGCGUGUAUGGAGAUGGAACGGCCAUAAAAUGUCCGAAAUAGACUUGUUUCAAGUCAGAAAUGACAAGGAAACAACUGACACUCAAAUUUCACCAGCCAUAUAUCUCGGGAUGCAUAAGAAGCAGUUGUACAUCCAUGAAUCGUUCGCUUUGCAAAGUAAGUUGCAAGCGGUCACAGCUGUUGCACCACCGAGGACUUUGGGGAAAAUACCUUGGAAACCUAUUUCAGCGUCAGGGUUUUUAACCGAGGAUGAUUCAACAGCGAUUUCGGUUCUGUACAGCUCCGAAUAUGUCAAUGGUCACGGAUAUUUCCUGUACAGCGAUAAAGCAAUAAAACAAAAAAAUAGUGCGAUUUGUGAAAACAAUAAUACGUUAAAAUUCCCGGCCUUGAAUUUUCAAUCAAAAACUGAUAGUCUUCGAUGGUUAUUUUCAAUGUGGUGGAAAGAAAUGCUCGUCACGUUGUUAACAUUUUCGCUUCUUUUCAAUCUAAUGUUUCGGUCAUUUAGCCGCCGCCAGCACCCUAAACAAGUGAUUUUCGUGGAACGUCCUGUAGAAAUACCCCAGAAAGACUCUUCGUCUGACCGUACAUCUGAGUCGUCUGAUGGUUUCUUCACUUCGCGUUAUUUGAAUGAUUUUGAUACGAUGAGAUGUUUAGGAAAGGGCGGUUUUGGAGUCGUUUUUGAAGUGAAACAAAAAAUUGACGAAUGUCAUUACGCUAUCAAGCGAAUUGUGUUACCUAAUGAAAAAAACAAACGCGAAGCAGUCAUGAGAGAAGUCAAGGCUUUGGCAAAGUUAGAGCACCACAAUAUUGUCAGGUAUUUUAAUUCCUGGGUGGAGCAGCCCCCGCCAGGUUGGCAAGAACAGCACGAUAAUGAUUGGAUAAAGGAAACUGGUGAAUUUACAGCGGAAACAACUAAUCACACUACAGCUUCGAUCUCAAAAAACAAGACUGUUGAUAUAAAAAUCGACGACGACCCGUUCUCUAGUAAUUACAGUUAUGCGAUUAAUGAAACUAGGAGUAACGAUUCGUUUAUUGUAUUUCACAACAGUACUGAUACUAAGAACGACACAACUGCUAGAACUGAUACAGUGUCCUAUGAGGAAUCCCACACUUCGGGGGUUAAUUGGCGACGGCCUAGCAGGCGGUAUCACAGCUUAAAUGAAAUUCCUCCGAAAGAUCCACCAACUUUUCUUUACAUUCAAAUGCAGCUUUGCCAAAGGCAGAGUUUGAAAGAAUGGUUGGUGGAGAAUAAAGAGCGCCCCUUUGCCGACGUGUUACAAAUAUUUAAACAAAUCGUGUCGGCUGUUGAGUACGUGCACAUGCAUGGCCUAAUUCAUCGUGACUUGAAGCCUAGCAAUAUAUUUUUUUCCUUGGAUGGUCAAAUCAAAGUGGGUGAUUUUGGUUUGGUGAAAGACGAAGAGGAAUCUCACGACACUUCAAGUGGCUUGAGAUCACUAAAAGGGCACACGAAAGAAGUAGGAACGCGCUUGUAUAUGAGCCCCGAACAAUUAAACGGCCAGAAAUAUAAUUACAAGGUUGACAUUUAUUCGUUGGGAUUAAUAUUUUUCGAACUGUUGGUAUAUUUCUCCACGGAUAUGGAAAGAAUACAAACUAUGACCAACAUCAGGGAUAAUAAGUUUCCCAAAGAUUUUACUGAACAAUAUUCAGACGAGUAUCAGUUACUUACUUUGAUGCUUUGUCAGCUACCUGAAAAAAGACUUACAACGUUCGGGGUGCGGGUGAGGCCGCCAUUGAACUGCUGUGAUAACUACGAUAAAACAUACGAUUUUGAGUUGCCAAAGUCGAGUCGAACCAUCGGUUUGGCAAGCUCAAAAUAGUCUUGUGAUACAUUGGCCUUUAAUGGAAUUGAUUUGAAUGAUGUGCAGUGCGUUUAAUUUUACUUUAUACAUUCCACUUGUAACAUAUUAAUUUAUAAUUGAAUAAAUCUUUUUUUUGAAAA